AAGAAGAAGGCGUGAGCUUGAGUUGGUUGAACUUCUUUUUCUUUUUUAACAGUUACGCAACGGCGAUAAAGUUGACUGCUGGUGUACAUUUAUCUAACAACUGAAAUACAGCGCAGGGAGGUCGGAAUGACCUGGAGCACCAGGAGGUUGUGGCGGCCUCAUCAAUAGUGGUCAACACGGCGGGGGACCUGCGGACCUCCAUCUGCAGGGUGGUCAUCUAUCUCCAAAGGGACAUGUCUGGGGACAGCUGCUUACCCCAGGACCUCAGCAAGUCCGAAACCACCUCCCCAGACCUUCCUCUGGCUUGUCCCAAGACCAAGACCUGUAGUCAUCACGGAGCAGUGGGCUUAGGCAACAAGUAUGUUCGGCUCAACGUUGGAGGGAUGCUGUUUUAUACGACGCUGCAGGUGCUGACCAAGCAAAACUCCAUGCUGAAGGCUAUGUUCAGUGGAAAGAAGGAAGUGUUCACAGAUAAAGACGGUUGGAUCCUGAUCGACCGCAGCGGGAAGCACUUUGGCAGCAUCCUGUGUUACCUUCGAGAUGGCAGAGUUGCCUUACCCAAAGGUCGACAGGCUGUCCAGGAGCUGCUGGUCGAGGCAAAGCAUUUCCUUGUCCAGGGCCUAGUGGAGCUCUGCCAAAACUCCCUGCAGGGUAAUAAAGAGCAGCCCAUGUGUGUUAUACCUGUAGUCACCUCAAUUAAGGAAGAAGAGAAGCUCAUCAAGUCUUCUACCAAGCCUGUCGUGAAGCUGGUGUACAACAGAAGCAACAACAAGUACUCCUACACCAGCAACUCUGACGACCACCUGUUGAAGAACAUCGAGCUGUUCGACCGGCUGUCUCUCAGCUUCAACGGCCGCAUCCUCUUCAUCAAAGACGUCAUCGGGGACGAGAUCUGCUGCUGGUCCUUCUAUGGCCAGGGUCGCAAGCUGGCUGAGGUUUGCUGCACCUCCAUCGUCUACGCCACUGAGAAGAAGCAGACCAAGGUGGAAUUCCCUGAAGCGCGAAUCUACGAGGAGACUCUGAACACCUUGCUUUACGAGACGAUGCCGCUGCCCGACAACUCCCUGCUCGAGGCCACGCGUCGGAGAUACAAUAACUGUGGCUCUCACAGCGAGGAGGAGGAGGGGCCUGGAGGUCCAGAACUGCGCGAGCGUGUCCGUAGAAUCCACGUCAAGAGGUACAGCACAUAUGACGACAGGCAGCUGGGACACUAGGACCGCUGGACAGACUGCAGCUUUUUUUUUUUUUUUUUUUGAUGAUGAACUUAAAGUCCGAUUGAUGCUCAUAUGUUUUUCUUUUAUUACUUUCUGCCGUCUCAGAGGUGCAAGUGAUGGCCUCAGUGAAACUGCACAUGACUGUAGAUGUUCUCUGCUCAUACUUUACACAUCAUCAGGAUUCAGAGCAGCGUUAAACACCGAAUACCUGCAGCUUUUUCUUUUUUAAUCAAAUUUACAUUUUGAAGUGCAACAAAGAUAAUCACUACUAUGCAUUGUUUAUUAAAACCAUCAUAGCACACAUUUAUAGACUGUAUUUUUCACAUACACAUUUCCAGGUUGUUGUUUGCCUGUGACGAAUCUGUUGGAGGUUUACUGGAAAUGCUUUGCCUCGAAGAUGUUUUAAUGGAGCUUUCCAUAAAGCCUCUAAGAUAAAAGUUACUGUUAUUCUGUAUUUGUUUGUGGGAGGCAGGUGUUAUUGAAAUCUCAGUGGUUCGAGCUCAGCUGUCAGAGGAUUUAAACGCAGUCGACUCAGAGACCAGCUGAUGCUGAGCUAUUCUAACGCCUCAGAUUUCAGUCUUCAGACAACUUUGAUCUUGACCAUUUUCAGAGGACCGUUGGGGUUUUUGUUUGUCAUUCAAGCAUUUAAAAACAGGAACCUAGCAACAAGGUGAUUCUCGAUUACUGAGAGUUGAUUUUGUCGUCAGGAUAAAGGGAAGCAGGGAGAUGCUCUAAAGCACAGGUGUCAAGCUCCAGUCCUCGAGGGCCGGCGUCCUGAAACUUUUCCUCGUGUCCCUGCUGCAACACACCUGAAUAACAUUAGCAAGACUUUAUAAAACUUGACUGCAUGCUGAGGUGGCAGCUCAGCCACUUGAUUCAUGUUACAGCAGCUCAUGAGUAAAUGAACAUGGUGCAAUAAAAGUACUUUUACAUUUUUCCAAACACUUCACUUUAAUUUACUUGAGUAGGGUGAGAGGUUUCCUAACCCAGCAUGCAGUCAGGUUCUAUAGUCUUGCUAAUGACUGACUCGUGUUAGUCAGGUGUGUCGCAGCAGGGACACAUGGAAAGGUUUCAGGAUGCCGGCCCUCGAGGACUGAAGCAUGAAGAAGGUUGAUACUCGCAAAACUUGGAGCUGGAGUUGUGAGAGAUGAUGUUCACAGAGUGGCUCACAGAAGACAGCAUUUACCUACAUGUAUGUAAAUGGGCAGCACUUAAACAGCUACUUGGACUUAGGCAGUUUCUUCCACAACCAAUCCUUCUAUUGCUGUAGCUGCAGAGAUGAAGGCUGAGCUCUACAGCAGCACCACAUCCCACCAAGGGUAUCAAAACCGUAGCAGGAGUAUGGAUGUUUUGGGAGGGGAAAAUGUAUUUUAAAGAUUUUUACAGGUUUAAUAUUGAUUCAUUUGUAAUGGAGUACCUUUGCAGGAUCACAGUACUCACUGCAACACUUACAUUGUGUCCUCUGCCUUGGAGCUUGUUCCCACUUUCAGUGAGACAGACAGAUCCACUCAUCAUCCUGUGGGUUCAAGUCAAGUGUCAUUAUUAAAUUUUAGUGGGCAUAAUGCUCACUAGUGCUGAACCCUUGGGCAGUCCCAACCAAAUAUUCAGUUUCUUUGUGAAACAGAACUGGAUGUAAAAUUUCAUUUAGUCUUAAAUGGAUGACGGAACAAAGCUGUUCACUGGAAAUGUGUUAUACGUUCUUUGGCCACAAGAGGGCGAGUGUGCACACAUAUUAAGACUGAUCAAACCUGGCUGUGCUACAGAAAACUGAGGUACUGUCUAGUUCCUGCGUCAAAGAAGUCGCCGCCAUCAAAGUUUAACAGGUUGAUGUCAGUUGCCCUCGAUCACAUGUGAUGAAGGUACUGGAGACACUGAUAGAGGUCCACAGCCAUUACAUCACCAGGUCGUGGCCCACCUCAGACCACAGGUGAAAACAUGUCUGGAAACGUAUCCGUACAAGGCGACUGUGAUCUCUCAGUUUCUGUUCACCAUCAACUAAGACUUUCAGCACGACUUUGGGUCAUGUCACCCACACAAAUACUCACAAAUACAACUGGAUGGAUGUGUUAGUGACAGGAGCACCCGCCGAUGAUUUUGUGGAAACAUCUGGCGGGAAUCAUCGGCUGUUGUGAUGGAGGAGUACUUGGGCGUCCACUCUGACAAUUUGCUGAAAUGGAAGACCAACAUAGAGGCUGUAUGCAACAAGAUGAGCAGAUUCCUAAACAAAAUGCUUCAGUGAGAGCACACAUACAAGGUCUUAAAUAAUCAGGCCCCAUCUUAAUGACCUUGUAGUACCAUAUCACCCUAUUAGAGCACUUCGCUCUCACACUGCAGGCCUACUUGUUGUUCCUAGAGUAUUUAAAAGUAGAAUGGGAGGCAGAGCCUUCAGUUUUCAGGCCCCUCUUCUGUGGAACCAGCUUCCAGUUUGGAUUCAGGAGACAGACACUAUCUCUACUUUUAAGAUUUUCAUAAAA